UUAUUGGUAUUGGAAUUUGCGCGCAGGAAAAAAAAACGAAAAUAACACAAAAAUUGCAAAAUUUUGCAAAAAAUCAUAAAUCCUCGGAAGGAAUUUAUUAAAAUUUCAUAAUAAACAGAAAUAUACAUAAAACUGCAAAUAAGAAAAGGAAAAAGAGUUAAAAAUGUCACAAUAUCAUUAUGUGGUCACGGCACAAAAGCCAACAGCUGUAGUGGCUUGUGUUACCGGAAACUUUACUUCGCCCACAGAUUUAAAUUUAAUUAUUGCGCGUAAUAGCCAAUUGGAAAUAGAUUUAGUAACACCAGAGGGUUUGAGACCUCUUAAGGAAGUAAAUAUAUAUGGCCAGAUAACGGUAAUGAAGCAUUUUCGUCCCCAGGAUAGCAAAAAGGAUCUAUUAUUUAUACUUACACAUCGUUAUAAUGUCAUGAUUUUAGAAUGCUGUAUGAUUGGCGAUCAGAUAAAGGUCAUAACUAAAGCUCAUGGCAAUGUCUCGCAUCAAUAUAGUCCACCGACGGAUGGUGGUGUUAUGGCAGUUAUAGAUCCUAAAGCACGCGUUAUUGGUAUGUGUUUAUACAUGGGUUUAUUUACCAUAAUACCCUUGGAUAAAGAAACUAGUGAAUUGAGAGCAACUAAUCUACGCAUGGACGAAUUGAAUGUAUAUGAUGUGGAAUUUCUUUAUGGCUGCAUUAAUCCCACUAUUAUUGUAAUACACAAAGAUAACGAUGGUCGUCAUGUUAAAACCCAUGAAAUCAAUUUACGUGACAAAGAAUUUAUGAAAAUUGCCUGGAAGCAAGAUAAUGUUGAAACAGAAGCCACUAUGUUGAUUCCCGUACCCACACCUUUAGGUGGAGCAAUUGUUAUUGGACGUGAAUCAAUUGUUUAUCAUGAUGGUAAUAGUUAUCAUGCUGUAGCUCCUUCAACUUUUAAGCAAAGUACCAUUAACUGCUAUGCACGCGUUGAUAGUAAAGGCCAACGCUAUUUACUUGGCAAUAUGUAUGGCCAAUUGUUUAUGCUGUUUUUGGAAACUGCCGAUAAUGGCAAAGGUUGUGCAUCGGUACGAGAAAUAAAAGUAGAACUUUUGGGUGAAAUUUCAACACCGGAAUGCAUAACAUAUUUGGAUAAUGGUUUCCUCUUUAUUGGCUCUAAACAUGGUGACUCUCAAUUGGUACGUUUAAGUACAACACCAAAUGAAAGUGGUUCAUACGUUAUACCCAUGGAGAAUUUUACAAAUUUAGCACCGAUAUUAGAUUUGGCUGUAGUCGAUUUAGAUCGUCAAGGACAAGGUCAGAUAAUAACCUGUUCUGGUACAUUUCAAGAUGGUUCUUUAAGAAUUAUAAGAAUCGGUAUUGGUAUACAGGAACAUGCCUGUAUUGAUUUGCCCGGCAUUAAGGGCAUGUGGUCCCUUAAGGUAGGCAUAGAUGAUAGUUCUUUUGAGAAUACUUUGGUGCUGGCAUUUGUGGGUCAUACACGUAUUUUGACCUUAACGGGUGAGGAAGUCGAAGAGACCGAUAUACCCGGCUUUUUAAGCGAUCAGCAAACUUUCCACUGUGCCAAUGUGGAUUACGAUCAGAUUAUCCAAGUUACUCCCUUAACUGUGCGCCUCAUUAAAAGUACUACCAAAAAUCUUGUCUAUGAGUGGCAACCUAGCGCUGGCAAACGUAUUGGUGUUGUUUCUUGCAAUGCUCAACAAAUUGUUAUUGCUUCGGCCCGUGACGUUUUCUAUUUGGAAAUUGAAAAUGAAAAACUUGUGCAGGUUUCACAAAAAACAUUGGAAUAUGAAGUGGCUUGUUUGGAUAUUACUCCUUUGGGUGAUGGUAAAAAUCGUUCAGAUUUAGUAGCUGUUGGUCUAUGGACUGACAUAUCAGCUGUCGUUUUAACUUUACCCAAUUUGGAUGUGUGUCACACUGAAAAAUUAGGAGGAGAAAUUAUACCUCGUUCGAUUUUGAUGACCACCUUUGAGGGCAUUAAUUAUUUAUUGUGUGCUUUAGGUGAUGGUUCCAUGUUUUAUUUCAUUUUAAAUAAGGAUAAUGGUAAUCUUACCGAUAAGAAAAGAGUCACUUUGGGUACACAACCCACUACGUUGAGAACCUUUAAAUCAUUUGCCACCACCAAUGUAUUUGCCUGCUCAGACAGACCCACGGUUAUAUAUUCAUCCAAUCACAAAUUGGUAUUCUCAAAUGUGAAUUUGAAAGAGGUCAAUCAUAUGUGCUCCUUAAAUGCACAAGCCUAUCCGGAUAGCUUGGCCUUAGCUACUAAGAACUCGGUUAUUAUUGGUACCAUUGAUGAAAUACAAAAGUUGCAUAUACGCACGGUGCCUUUGGGAGAGGGACCACGUCGUAUUGCCUACCAAGAGAGUUCUCAAACAUUUGCCGUAGCCACCAUGCGUAUUGAUGUCCAGGGGAGAGGUGGCCCUAAACCCACCAGAGCCAGUGCUUCUACUCAAGCCCAAAAUAUCACUUAUGCAUCAAAUAUAGUACCCAAGCCUGGAGCUUGCAAUACAGCUACAACUAAUGCUGAAAUCGGACAAGAAUUGGAUAUUAGUAAUCUUUUGAUUAUCGAUCAGAACACCUUUGAGGUUCUGCAUGCUCAUCAAUUUAUGCCCUCGGAAUCGAUUAUGUCCAUUAUGUCUGCCCAAUUAGGAGAUGAUCCGAAUUCGUAUUAUGUUGUAUCUACCGCUUUACUAUAUGCCGACGAACCGGAACCUACAGUUGGUCGUAUUAUAAUAUUCCAUUAUCAUGAUGGAAAAUUGACUCAAGUGGCUGAGACGAAAAUCGAUGGUGGUUGUUAUUCGAUGGUUGAAUUUAAUGGCAAAGUUUUGGCUGGUAUCAAUAGUUUUGUUCGCCUGUACGAGUGGACAAAUGAAAAGGAAUUGAGAAUGGAAUGUAAUAUACAGAAGAACAUAACUGUAUUGUGUUUGAAAGCUAAAGGCGACUUUAUUCUAAUUGGCGAUUUAAUGCGUUCGAUGACCUUAUUGCAACAUAAACAAAUGGAGGGCAUUUUCAUUGAUAUUGCCAGAGAUAGUGAUCCGAAAUUUAUGCGUGCAAUUGAAAUUUUGGAUGAUGAUACAUUUUUAGGAUCCGAAGAUAAUGGCAAUCUUUUUGUAUGUCAAAAAGACAGCGCUGCCACAACUGAUGAAUUACGUUCUGAAUUACCCGAAGUGGCACGUUUUCAUUUGGGUGAUUAUGUUAAUGUUUUUCGACACGAUUCGUUGGUCAUGCAGAAUGUUGGCGAACGUACUACACCGAACCAGGGUUGUGUCCUGUAUGGUACUGUUAUGGGUGCCAUUGGUAUUGUAACUCAAAUACCACAAGACUUUUAUGAUUUUCUUCAUAGUCUAGAGGAACGUCUUACAAAUGUUAUUAAAUCAGUGGGUAAAGUUGAUCACUCGUAUUAUCGCAGUUAUCAGACUUCACAGAAAACAGAACCUUGUGAGGGUUUCAUAGAUGGAGAUCUUAUUGAGAGUUUUCUCGACUUAACUCGAGAAAAAAUGAAAGAAUGUGUUACGGGCUUAGAGAUAACCAUGAAUGGCGAGAAAAAAGAUGCGGAUGUCGAUGAUGUCAUUAAAAUUGUAGAGGAUCUUACAAGAAUGCAUUGAAUAGUAUUCUUUAUUAGAAACAGAAAAAAACAUUUAUUCACUUUGUUUUUCUUUUUUUUUCCUAUACAAAUUACCUUUUUCUAAAGAUGUUCCUUUUUUGAAGUUUUCAAAAAAAAACUGAUUGUUGAAUUCAUCAGUUUUCUCUGUUUUUUUAUUUUUGUUUUAAAUACCUUUUUUUUUGUUCCGCUUUUUAUAUUUUUUCAAACUUUUAUUUUUGCUUAUUUAAUACUCUCCUUUUUUAUAUAACAUUAUAUACUACACUUUAUAUAAUUUCUUUUCCCAUUGAAAGAAACCAGGUAUUUAAAAAAAAGUAAUGAAACAAUUUCUAAUUACCAUUCGAAUUGCAAGGGAAUGUAUGUUAAAUACAAAACAAACAAAAAAAUACGCCUGUAAUCUAUAAUUAAAAACUAUUACAUAUUUCUACAGAAGAAACAUUUAAAAAAUAUAAAUAUUAUUAACAAAAUUAUUUUUAAGGUAGACUUUAAAAAAGUUCUCUACCUAUUUACGAUGUUUUUUGUGGCACUAUCCGAAAUAAUAAAAUAUCAAAAAAAAUAUA